AUGUUUAACCGUAUUCUUUUGGGAAAAUGCUGUAAAAUUUGCUUUGAAAUUUUGGUACAUAUAAGACUCAUCGACGAACCGAAUGCUAAACAGAAACCAUUCGUGACCACCACAACAACAGCAACACCAAGAGUUGACCCAGUAACGGUAGCAGUGACCACAUUAAAUGCCGAAAAGCCCACAAUCUAUGACAUAAUCACCGAAACGGAGAAAAACCAAACACAAUUCUUAAGCCGUAGUCAACAGCCAGCGAUUUCGAGCACGGUGUCGGCGCCAUUGGCAUUACCGUUAUCAUCACAGAUUCCGAUGCAAAUUCAGCGAUCGGGUGUCGAUUCACCGAAAGCGAUCGGACAUCACGUUGAAAUGCAUCACAGUGGUCAUCCGGGCAUUGCGGAGCCUUUAACAUGGCAACAACUCGAAUCGGAAAUGUCAAUGGUUGAUCAGAGCCUAAAAGAAUCAUCAACAUCAAAAGAUGGUAUUUCAACUUGGAUUUUAUUGAGUGGAAGCGAAAAACAACCAUCAAUGGUCGCAACACCGGCCACAACAACCGUUGCCCAUGUGGAAAAGGUUGACAUUAAAGACGAUCGUCAAAAUUAUCGUUUCGGUGAAAUUCAUUCUGGCGACAAAAUCGUAAAACCGGUCAAAAUGCGCGACUCAAUGGAAAAUAAAAAGCCGAAGCCGAAUCCGGAGAAAAAGAAUAGACCAACGAGCACAACCGUCGCGCCCAAAACAACAUUAACAGCAAAAACAACGGUAGCACCAUCAUCAUCAACGAGCGGCAUUCUUUUGGCCAGCGAUUUUAUGAAUGACAAAAACCGUCGAAAAACACCGUUAGCCAAUUUGAAUAAAUUAAACAAGCGCAAAACGUCCACAACAACGACGACCGCUGCACCAAUUGUGUCAAUUGAAAAAGUUGACGAUACACCCACAACGAUUGAAGAAAUGGAAACAACAACACCAGUAUCAUUUAUAGUGCUUGAGCCAAAAAUUGCCGGAUUUGAUUUACCACAAGAUCGGUCGCCAGCUACGAAAAAACCACAGAAGAGUAACAAUUCAUCGAAGACCAAGAAAAAGCCAACAAAGAAGAAUAAGGUAACAGCGGUCACGAAACAACCGUCGAAGGUGAAAGAAAAGCCGAUAUCCACGACCAUUUACAACUAUUUGUCACGCGAAGUAAUGCCAAGUGUUGGUAUUUUGGGCGCUGGAAUUCUUAUAACUGGAAUCGCCUCUUACUUUUUGAGUCCAUUCGGUGCAUUGCGACGAUCGUACGAUGAAGCCACCGAUCGUCAAGAUAAUAUCGAUAACAUUUAUUCGGUGAAUAACGAAGAAUAUGCCAGCGAAGGUGGCGACAAUGGACAGCACGAGGAAGAGGUAUUUUCGAAAUUUUUGGCUGGAAUGCCAAUGCGUGAUGUGCCACGCUAUGUGAAAUAUUUCAAGCCAGAUGGACCACAUCCAAAUCAACCGAUGGGCCCCAAUUAUCCAUAUCGUCAGCAAGUACGACAUCAACAACAAGCUCAAGCUCACGCACAAGCCCAGGCACAAGCAUCGAACAUUGUACCGAAAUAUAGUAAUCCAUAUAUGCGUUAUCGUACCGCACCCAGUCCUCAUUACAAUUCUGCUCAGUACAAUCCACAACCAAACUAUCCAACAUACCGAAACCAUCAGAUGAGCACACAGCCGGCUGUCCAACAGCAACCUGUUUCACCCGUUUACAAUCCGCAAUUCCAUGAAAUGCAGAAGCAGAAAUCGUUCGCUAACAUGGACACGAUUCUGAAGCAUCAAACAACGAUUUAUGGAAAGGCAUCGGAGUCAAAUGCAAAUAAUGUGGAAGAAAAAUCAAUUGGAACUGACAUUCAAGCGGCGGCGGCGGCGGAAGAGGAACGAUUGCCAGCUGCCGAAGGUCUAGUGAGUGAUGUAACGGAAAAUGAGGCAAUCGAUGAUAUUCCGGCGAAAAUCCAACGACGCACCAACACUUAUGUGGUUGGAAGUGCGAUCACCGACACCCAACCAGGUGAAGCCGUAGUUUCAGCAUCAAUGACUGCAUCAGUGGAUGGUUUGCCGUCAAUCAAAGGAAUCGUUGAGCCGGUCAUCACUGUAACAGCCUCAUCGCAUGGUCCACGUAGACGCCGUCGUCGUGACACUGCAACUGUCACACAAAAACCAGCAAAAGAUUCUCCACACAAGACGAACGUGCAUGAAAAUCAACAGUCAACAACGACCACCACAACAAAAUCACCACCGAUGCAGGGCACACGAUUGUACAGUGCCACCGAUUAUUCGUACUUAGCCUCUGAAUACAAUAUGCUCAGCGAGAAAAUCAUGUCAUUCGAUCGCGACUACACGAAUGCAGAGAAUGAAAAAAAGAUCGAAAAGAAAUUACACGCUGAAUUUAAGAGCAUAGCAAAUGACUAUGAUGCGCUAAAGCAAGCCGUUGAAGGUGCAAAAGCGAUUGAACAGUUUGAAAAACAAGUGCGAAUCCGGGCAAAGAAUUUCGAAUUGUCGGUCGUAUUGAAAACCGGUAUUUCAACUCUACGCCAACGCAUAAAGUAUUUGAGUGAUUUGGUUGAGCACCCGGAAGACGAUCGAAUCAUUGAGAAAAUUAAUCGUCGCAAUGGUUCGUCGGAGCUGGGCCCGACGUCCAACACGACUGUAAUAACAACGAGUUUACCAGACGGCGAAAACGGUUUUGUUGGUUUCUUGAAAUUGCUUCAGCUAAAAGCACAAUUCGGCUUGAACUUGUUACAGAACAUACGACCUAGUUUUGAGCGAGCAUUUGAGGAGGUAUUUAAAAGACCGUACGAAAAACAAGAUUAGACAUUCGCUCCGCUCAUUUUUCUUUCUAAACUUAUUCAAAAUUUAAAAAACAAAACGAAAAACAAAAUCGUCGUCGAAUCGCCUAAGAUGACGUGGUAUUCUAAUCAUUAAACGUGUGCUAAUUACGCGGCUUUUUUUAAUCAACUGAAAUUUUAGACGAAGAGAAUUACUUUUAUAAAGACAAAAUUUAACUUUGUACGAUGAACAAAAAAGAAGAUGAUGACAAAAAUGUAAGAAUGAAAAAGGAAUGAAAAUCGAAUGAAAAAAGUGAAUUUCAGCGGAACCGAAACGCUAUUGUACAACGAAAGCAAAAUAAUAACCAAUUUAAUUCGAUUCGGUCUCUUUUCUAUUUUUCAAAUCAUUUCUGUUGUUAGGUCCCAAUAGCUGACUGAGCUAAUUUCUAACAAAAAUCGUUGGCCGAUAUUGCUAUUUCAGUUGCUUUUCUUCUCUAAAGUAGAAUUAGUUACGCUAUAAUUUCACAUUUAUCUUUAGCGUCAAUGUCUGUUUGCAAACAAAUGGAAAUUAUCGAUUUUAUUCUUAAGUUAUUUAUUGGAUGAAAAACAAAAAUCUAAUGAACAUUUUCAAUUCGCAUUAUUACGGCUUUAUUUAUUUUAAUGUAGAGAAGAACAAACAAACAAUCAACUUACAAUUAAGUAAACUCUCCAAAUAUAAUAGUUUUAAGCCUCACUCAUAUACAAAUCAUAUCAAAUGCACGAAACACUAACAUGAAAGAUGAAUGAAUGA